GCAGGCGUCUUGUGCUUACUUGUCGGAGUCAUUGGGAAAUUUGGUGCAAUAAUGGCGUCUCUUCCGGAUCCGGUAAUUGGGGGCGUGUCUAUAAUCAACCUCGGCCUCCUCGUAUCUAUAGGAUUAUCUUCGCUACAGAGGGUUAAUCUUUCGUCCACUCGGAACCUUGCAGUACUUGGUACGUCAAUGUACAUAGGCCUGGUCUCUUCCGAAUGGCUGAAACGCAGCAAAGACACCAUUAACACUGGUAACGCCUCCCUGGACCAGGUGUUGAAACUUAUGCUCGGGACGCAGAUGUUUGUUGCUGGACUUACCUCCAUCAUCCUGGAUAACACUGUUAAAGGAACGAAAGAGGAGAGAGGGAUUAAAAACAUGUCAUAUUUCGACACCGGAAGUGGAAAUCACUUAUUAGAUAAACACCAGUCCGUGUACGACGUACCAGGCGUAUCCAAACUGCAGCGAAAAUUCCGGAUUUUUCGUCACAUUCCGUUUCUUCAACCCUACAGACUAAAUGAACCAGUUAAUUUGUAAGAUAAUGUUUGUGUAGUUUAAUAUCCGGACGUGUCUCGGUGCCGUUUUGCCGUAUUUAGAUCCUAUUUAUAUUCUAAGAUAUACAUUCCUCACCAGGUUCGUCGACUUAUCACUCCCCAACAUCUCUUACUGCUCUUGUAAUUACUUCCAGUUGUGAAUAUUUGUUUCGUUCAUUAGUUGUCCACGUGUGUUAUUUAUGAGACAAUGAAAAGACCAAAAUAGAUCUUCCCAUUACAACCCUUAGGAUCUAACAUAUUUCCUUGCUGCUCUGUCUCUGUAUGCUUUUUUGCGUGUGGUCUUGUCACAUUAUAUGAUCCUGGCUGUUGGUGUCCAUCUUCACACCCUCCCUCAUAUGGCCAUGGCUGUUGGUGUCUACCUUGAAAUCCUCCUUCAUAUGACCCUGGC